AUGACCACCCAUCUCGCCGCCAUCUCCCCAGCCAAAGGCCGACCCUUUGAGCUCGAACCCCGCCCUACCCCAAAGCCAGGACCAGACGAGCUCCUCAUCGCCGUCAAAUCCGUAGCCCUCAACCCGGCCGACGCCAUCAUGCGUGACCAAGGCCUCUUCAUAUCCACAUACCCCACGGUCAUUGGCUUCGACAUGUCCGGGUCAGUCCUCGAGGUCGGCGACAACGUCCCCCCCUCCUACCAACCAGGUACCCGUGUCGCCGCCUACGCUGCCUCUGUCUGGAAGUCCUGUGAUCCAGAUUAUGGCCCAUUCCAGGAGCGGUGUCUUGUCCCCUGGCAGCAUGCUGUGCCCCUUCCAGAGGGCAUGUCUUGGAACCACGCGGCAACGUUGCCCGUUGCCGUUCAGGUACCUCUUAGUGCGUGGGAUGCUAUGGGCAUUCCCCGGAUGGGGGAAGAUACUGCAAAGAUUACUAUGGGGAAACGAGAAGCUCUCCUAAUCUGGGGCGCCUCCUCAAGCGUCGGUACCAUGGGCGUACAAACAGCCCGACUGCUGCGGGACAAUCCCAACUCUUCUUUCGCGGCCGUGUACGCCACAGCCGGAUCAGCGAAUAGGAGUUAUGUGGGUUCACUGGGCGCAGAUCGCGUGUUUGACUACAAAGACCCACAAGUUGUGAAUGCGAUAAUAUCGGCCGCUAAAGGGGACGGGCUAGUGAUCCGGCAUUGCUUCCUUGCUACCGGGCAGCUAGCGUCAUGUCAAGCUGUGCUUGAGGCAUUUCUCGGAGAAGAUCAUAAAGGGGAGACGGCGAAGAUUGCGUCGGCACCCGUGGUUCCUCCGGAUGCGAUGGUCAUGGACGGGGUGGAGACGAUAUUUGUCAUGCCGUCGAUGCUAGAAGAGGAGAGGCUGGAGCAGUUCCGAUACUGGAUUGGGACGUGGCUGAAGGAGAAUCUGACAAAGGGGACUAUAAGACCAAGUCCGGAGCUGAGCGUCGUGGGCAAGGGUUUGGGGGCUAUCAAUGCUGGGCUGGACAAACUACUUCGGGGAGUGAGUUGUACGAAGUUGGUUGUUGAGAUUGCGGAAUGA